UUUAGACAAACCUCUAAUAUUCAACAGAAACAAGGAUCUAAACAAAAAUUUAAACUUGGAAUAGAUUAUGCAAAGAAAGCUCUUGAACUUGCAAUUCAAACUGAUAAAAUUGAGAAGUUUAUUGAUUAA